ACAUGUGCGCAACGGGGCGGUGAUUGCACGCUGCAGCCAGCCUGAAAUCAGUUGGUGGGGCUGGCGAAAUGCUGACGGUGAGUAUCCUAUUGCCAAAGCCUGUGCCUUGAACCCUGGAGUAAAGGUAUCUGGUGGCAUGCUGCACAACGGGAGCAGCGACGGCAGCGAGGCCUGCGAUGCCGACUUCGACUCAUCCCUGACUGCAUGUUCAGGCGUGGAGAACGCAGGAACUCCUCAGAAGCUCCUGAUUCUUGAUGCCAGGUCCUACACUGCGGCUGUGGCCAACAGAGCGAAGGGAGGCGGCUGCGAAUGUGAAGAAUAUUACCCAAACUGUGAAGUCGUGUUCAUGGGCAUGGCCAACAUCCACUCCAUCCGGAACAGUUUCCAGUAUCUGCGUGCUGUCUGCAGUCAGGUGCCAGACCCCAGCAACUGGCUUUCAGCCCUGGAGAGUACCAAGUGGCUGCAGCACCUUUCUGUCAUGCUGAAGGCAGCCGUGCUGGUCUCCAGUGCGGUUGACAGAGAAGGGCGUCCAGUGCUGGUUCAUUGCUCAGAUGGCUGGGAUAGAACUCCGCAGAUAGUAGCACUGGCAAAGAUUCUUCUGGACCCUUACUACAGGACCAUGGAGGGCUUCCAGGUGCUUGUUGAAUCAGAUUGGCUAGAUUUUGGUCACAAGUUUGGUGAUCGCUGUGGUCACCAGGAGAAGGUGGAAGAUCAGAACGAGCAGUGCCCAGUUUUUCUCCAGUGGCUGGAUGCUGUUCAUCAGCUUCUGAAGCAAUUUCCUUGCCUCUUUGAAUUUAACGAAGCUUUUUUGGUGAAGCUGGUGCAGCACACGUAUUCCUGCCUCUAUGGGACCUUCCUUGGGAAUAGCCCCUGCGAGCGAGAGAUGCACAACAUCUACAAGCGUACCUGCUCCGUGUGGUCCCUCCUGCGGGCUGGCAAUAAGAACUUCCACAAUCUUCUCUAUAUGCCAGGGUCCGAGCAGGUACUGCAUCCAGUGUGCCACGUGCGAGCGCUGCACGUCUGGACAGCAGUGUAUCUCCCAGCUUCCUCACCGCAUCCUCUGGGACAGGAUGAUAUGGACAUUUACCUGCCCCCUGGAUCUCAGAGCCAGGAGUUCAGUGGCAGAUGUUUGGACAGAUUACCAAAGACAAGAUCUAUGGAUGAUCUGCUCUCAGCCUGCGACUCCAGCAGCCCGCUGACCCGCACGUCUAGUGAUCCAAACCUGAAUAACCACUGUCAGGAAGUCCGGGUGGGCCUGGAAGCCCGGCAUGCCACCACUGAGGGAGCCGAGCUGCACUUGGGCGAAGGCAGCGUGGUGGCUGCAGGAGAGACACGGCAGGUGGAGGAGCAAGAGGAGAAUGCUCCCCUGCAAGCCAACAGUGCUUGUAGCAGCCAUGCUGAGCACGAAGGGCAUGGCAAGCAACUGAGCAGCUGGACUUCUGUGCCAGCAAGCAGUGUCUCUCUGAAGGCAGAAGAGGGAAACAGAACACACAUGGAGGAACUGGAUGGCACGUGUCCAGCUCCAAAUCCUUCCGGACAGGAAAAUGUUGACAGGGUUUCCACCAGUUCCGGAAAGCAGUUAGAAACUGGUCCCCAGGAACUUUUGAAGGCUACUGGCAUGGUGUCCAAUGGAGGAGGCUGCCCCAAGAGAAACACCACCUGCCAAGACAUUCCCAGCCAGGAGUCCCUGGCACCAAGCACCCCUUGUCAGGACAUCCCAGGCCCUGCCCCGGGCAUCCCCUGCCCAGAUGAAGACAUCGGCAAAGGUGAUGCUGGAAGGAGCGUGCCCUGCGAGGACCCUGGCCGGCUGGGGAGAGUCCCGCUAGAGCAAUGGCGCAAGCCCAUUUCCCAGAGCCAAAGCAGCGAGUUCUCCUUCCUGGGCUCCAACUGGGACAGUUUUCAAGGAAUGGUGACAUCGCUCCCCAAUGGGGAGCCUGCACCCAGACACCUCCUCUCCUAUGGCUGCUGCAGCAAGAGGUUGAGCAGCAAACCUCUGCGGGCACUGUCUGGUCCCAAGCACGUGCCGCCAAAAUGUCCUUCUCCUGUGCCUCCUCUCUACCUGGACGAUGACGGGCUCCCCUUCCCCACGGAUGUGAUUCAGCACAGGCUACGGCAGAUCGAGGCCAGCUACAAGGAGGUGGAGCAGCUACGCAGGCAGGUGCGAGAGCUGCAGCUGCGCCUGGACAUCCGCCACUUCUGCGCCCCUCCGGCCGAGCCUCCGAUGGACUACGAGGAUGACUUUACAUGUCUGAAGGAAUCGGAUGGCAGCGACACUGAGGAUUUCUGUUCCGAUCAUAGUGAAGACUGUUUGUCAGAAGCGAGCUGGGAGCCUGUGGAUAAGAAGGAGACUGAGGUCACACGGUGGGUUCCAGACCACAUGGCCUCGCAUUGUUUUAACUGCGAUUGUGAAUUCUGGCUGGCCAAACGGAGGCAUCACUGCAGGAACUGUGGGAACGUGUUUUGUGCUGGUUGCUGCCAUCUGAAGUUGCCCAUCCCUGAUCAGCAGUUGUACGAUCCUGUCCUCGUUUGUAACUCCUGUUAUGACCACAUCCAAGUGUCUCGUGCCAGGGAGCUCAUGAGCCAACAUCUGAAGAAACCCAUCGCCACAGCUUCCAGCUGAAUGCCAGACAAGGGACCUGUCUAAGCCCAGCCUUUUCUCUCACGGGUUUGAAGGGUGACUCUGCCUCCACUGUAAUUGUGAAGGCCGUUGGUGCAACACUUGAACACCAAGCUUGAAUGCACUGUCUUCAGCAGUCUUACUAUCAGUCUGGAGCAGAGGAGCUCAGAUUAGAGAGUAUGGUGUGUGUCCCCACUCUGGUACCGGUGGGCCCGUACAUUGUAGUCUGAUGACCUAGGGCUAAAGAGGGGAUUGCAACCUUUUUCUUUUGUGGGCUGGAAAGCAAUGUUUUCACAGAUAUUGCCUGUGCAAAGUACCCCCAAAGCAAUAGAAAGGCAUGUUUAGAACCAACCCCCCCUACAAAGGUAGGCUGCUGUACAAGAAGGAAGAGGGCAGGCUCCAGGUGGUACCAUGUGCUUUGGAAGGGCCUCAGCCUGGAGCAGUUCCGUAGAUUCUCUUUCCAUGAGUGUG